GGUUGAUUUGUUUCUUCUGCAAGCUUGAGCUUGCAGACUUUCCACGACAGUUUCACACACGUCCGCACAACGUCGCCUGGACACAUGGCGCAGUGAUGUUCUGCUGCGCUUACAUUGAAGACGGUGAGGAAAGCCUUGCCGUGGAUGCCUAUCCGGCUGCUGGUGUUGGACCGGCGGACCUUUUCGAGGAGUCCCGAGAGUAUCCAGAUGGCUCCACGUACGUGGGCCAGUGGCACGACCGGGUGAGAUGUGGUCAAGGCGUCCAGACCUGGAGCGACGGAGCGCGCUACAUCGGGGCUUGGGAUGACGAUCUCUUCCACGGCUUCGGCAGGUUUGAACAUGUCAAUGGCGACAUCUACGAUGGUGACUUCCGACAUGGUGCUGCUCACGGCAAAGGAACCUACCAGCAGGCUUCGGGUGCUCGAUAUGUGGGAGAGUGGCAGGAGGACCUGAAGCAUGGCAAGGGAGAAGAGCUUUGGCCAGAUGGCACCAGGUACGAGGGCGAGUACUGCAAAGGUGAGAAGCAUGGCUGGGGGCUGUUGACCUGGUCAGAUGGGUCCUUCUACAAGGGGGAGUUCCGAAAGAAGCAGAUUGACGGCGAAGGUGAGUACUUCUGGGCAGAUGGUCGGCGCUUCGAAGGACAGUGGCGGCUGAAUCAAAUCCAUGGCUUUGGUUGCUUUACCUGGCCAGAUGGCCGCCGCUAUGAAGGGGAGUACGAGAACGACAAGAAGCAUGGCGAGGGCAUCUUUGAGUGGCCGGACGGACGCAGGUACGAGGGUCAAUGGGCCAACGGCCAGCAAAGUGGCAAGGGCAGCCUCUGCAAAGCUGAUGGUACCGAGGAGGAGGGCAUUUGGCAAGGCGGCAAGCUCACGAGCCGCGCUGCAGAGCUGUGACACCGAGCAGAGCAAAACCUAGUGCUCGCAUCUAGGAGUUUUCAUGCUCUGCUCUUCCCGCUAAAUGACCCGACCCCGGGGCCACGUGCUGAAUGGCGUCUCACCCUGCAAAACCAGAAGCGGCCAGGGUGGCUCGGGAGGGUGCUUCGACCUGCAACACCCGGCUUCCCGGCCUUUUCUCUAUGUGCACCCACUUCCCUUCGAACUUUGGCAGUACGCGAGAAAUUCCGCCGCACAGGGGUGCCAGCCCCACCUGACGU